AUGUCACAACUGCCGUUAAUUCAUACGCAACAAAAAAGUACGACACGCUACUGUCCAUCGGGGGAUGAAAACUCGGUUGCAGUGUUCCGCCCCAAGCUUCCUUUCUUGUCUGAGGUAAACUCAUGCGCUUUAGUGGUUGCAUCCUCUCGUUCGCAAGGCCGCAGUGUGUCACGAUCGACUUCGGAGGGUGGUCAGUUAACUUCCGCGUCACGCCUUUCUUGGUUGUUGGAGCGACGCGCUACAGCACGACCUGCCACGGGGCGGUCAUUGCAAUGGGUAGAACUCAUGGAGAGACAGGGGCGCCAGCUCAUAAAGGCCAUAGCUUACUCAACUUCACCUGUUCGUUGUUAUUUUAUGGCCGGAGACGACGAGGGUUGCUUUCUGCCUUCAUUGUGCGAACCGUGGCCUCCUACACUAACCACAGAAGAUGAGCUCAAUCAAAUGAUCAAAAGAGCUUCCGUCAAGGCUAAGGAGCACAUUUUUGCUGAUCGUUGGUUUGGCGAGGGAAAGCAAUGUGCUAAAGAACCCCUAGCAAAUACAGACGCCUUCAAGAGCGUGGAGGAGAGUCAGAUGGAUAUAAUGAGGGAAUUCGUGGAUUUGAGGAGUAGUGUGUGUAGUGAGUUCUUGAAACAAGUAGAGAUACGGCGCUCUCUAAUAGAUCUGGUAAAAAAAGAGAAAGAAGCGAGGGUUGCCAUGCUCGGUGAAUUUAUCUCAUGCUGUCCUCCACAUCCGUGUCGCUGCCUUUUAUUGGACAUGGAGGUUUUAGAGGAAUCCGCCAUCCCACUUGAGCCUGCAGUCGGUAUUACCUGUCUGUACACUUCCAUUGUGAUUGGGGGACACGAAACCCUGGAGGAGACGUUGCUACAACAGCGGGAGGUGGAACUUCAAGUGCUUUAUGAUCAACACCGUUUUUUUAUUGAUGCUCAGAAGGUUCUCACCGACGUCCGGAAUCGGGAGCACGAACGCUUUGAAUCCAUGAUGGCCUAUUUUGCAUUCGCCCUCAGGUUACUUCGGGAACGUGAGGCGCUCUCAGUGGAAACAACAACUCCACCCGGAUGUGACGAAGGCCCACGUGAAACGAAAACAAGGGGCAAACGUUUUCAUAUGAACUAUUACAAAUACCUGCAUGUACUUGGCACCAUAGAGGUGGAGGAAGGGGCACGCGGGCGGAUUUGUGCGGGAGAGUUCACAGAAAUUCGUCAUAUCUUGUAUCAUUUUGAGAGAAAAUGCCGCAGUAGUAUUGUUUCGACUGAGGAACUGGAACGGCAGCGCUUGCUCCUCAAUACCGAGAUGCAGCAGCGGUUAUCUAUUCAGAAUGCCGAAGAAUUGGCACUCAAUGAGACAGUAUGUCCUCGUAGCUUCCAGGAACUAAUCGAGACACUCAUGAAGAAAGAACGUGAGGAGUGGCAGCGAGCCCUCGAAGAGGCGCGCAUCACACGGUCCAUUGAGUUGGUUUGUGAAUACGAGGUGUAUCGGCGGCGUGAAAUUGGUUUGUUUGAACAACAGCUGCGGGCGUGUGCUCGAUUCUUAUUUCUGAAUACCACCGAUGGUGCUGGUAGGAUUACUGUAGAGCGAUGGAUGCGCGAACAUGAGGUUCUAGUAGUGCAGCGGGAGGAGGCCGCCUUGAGGAAACGUAUCGUGGAGUCGGAGGAUCAGGCGCUCACCACAUGGAUCACAGCGCAUAGGUGGAUGGUGGAUCAUGACCGCCACCUUCAGAGUAUAGCAAAAGAGAAGGAGGAUAGGCGCGCAGUGGACCGUGUCAUUGCGGAGGAGUGUGCUGCACGUGGCGUCGUGGAGUCUCUUUGGGCAGGUGAGCAUUACGUGCUCUUCGGGGAAGUGAUUCGCGUUCCUGAGGGCAUUUAUAAGUUUCCAGAGGGUAGACAAAGUGGUGAGGGGAGAGAGAGCAGCUGCGGUGACGGGGAAAGCACCUCUCGUGGGUUAGACAUUCGUCAAGUUGUUAUCGCCAACCUCGGGGAAUUUUUUAACGAUCGAGCACUCUUGGGCUUUUUCGAUAGGCGCCCCGUUUCACCUAUUUGA